UAGACGACGGAAUUCAUAUUCAAACAGAUCUCAGUCAUAAUUUUCAGUCACCCAAUUUUAACAGUUACAAAUUUUCUGUUCAGAAUGUGUGAAUCUUGUGAAAAGUGCUCCAAUGAAUCGUGCAUAGAGUUUUUUGCAGUAUGGAACAUAAUCUGGGGUAUUAUUUUUUUCUUGUCGUGCAUUGUCUCUAUAGUCGAAUUGCAUGAGGAGAAAGAAGGGAACACGAUAUUCUACCAUGUUGUUCUCUAUAUUGGCGUUCUCUUUGCGGCACUAUACACGCUGUCUGGAAUAUUUAUACUUAUUGGACAUUUCAAGGAUAGUGCACUUUUGUUCAAAUGUGGACUAAUUCUGAGCAAUCCAUUUCCAAUCUGGGCAUUCGGGACUGUAUUUAUACCGAUUGUUCACGCAAUGAUCUUGCUACGACUCUUCAAAGUUGCCGGUUCGCGCUGGAACUGAUUUUCUGCCAUUCGUCACCUUUUUCCACUUGCUUCAGACCAAAAUUCACCGUCUUCAGUGUUCUGGAAGCCCAACAGUAGCGCUUCCACGAAUAUCUGCUCGCUUAGGUAUUCAAAAUUGUAAAAGUAUGCAAUAUAUGAAUUGUGUAUAGCCUCAUA